UGGCAGCUCAAUCUGUGACAGACAGAAUGGUCCAGGCAUGUGGAGAUGGCAGUCCCUGUCUCAUUUCACCCCUGAAGGUUCUCCACCAUCCUUCCCAACAUCCCAUGAAACUGAAUUCUGGAUUACUUUGGAGAACAGCAGAACUAGACCAGCUAAGCUGGUGCUAUGGCCGCAGGAGGCUCACGCAUGUCUAGACAGUCAAAUGGAUCAACUGAAGUCCAGAAACACACUUCUACACUGCAGCAGCACCCCUGUACUGCUGCUGGACACCAAACACACAAACACAUUUUCAUGGGACAAGGCUGCAGCUGAAUGUAAAGAGAAUCAGCAACAUGAAGACCUCUGUGAGAAGGUCCGUCAGCUGGAGAAAGACAUGAUAGACAUGAAGUCAACUUUGGGAGGAAGUGAUGUCCAACCUGUUCUGACUGAAAGUUCUCCAAAUCCGCUGUGCAGAACAUCACCAGAGAGUGGAGAAAACUUUAAAAGACAGAAUCUGAAGGCUGACACAGACUUGUCCAAGCUGAGAGAAGCUCUGACAGAAAUCGAGACAUGUGCCAAAACACAAGAAGAGAGAAAAAGCAGGCGACUCCAAACAUCCUCAGAUGCUGGGCAAAAAGCUCAGUCUGAAGGGAAGAGGAACAAGUUGAAUCAAGUAGAGGAAAUCAACCAGAGAUUUAGCCAAACUUUACAAAAUCACUCUGUGGUGCAAGAACAGCUACUGGAGACCAAGAAGAUGAGUCAAAACUGCCUGGUCAGUUUCUUAUCUCCGACUCAGUAUUUCAUUAGGAUAUAA